AUGCAAACAAACGAAGAGACACCAAAGCUUGUGCUUAUAAAUAGAGAACACUUCCUCUGCAAAAUACUCACACAGCAAAAACCUUCUCCUUCUGUUCUCAUAUCACAUAUAUAUUCUUCCAUUUCAUUCCAUCUCAUUCAGAAUCCACCCAUCAUGGCUGUUUUCACAUUCGAAGACCAAACCACUUCUCCCGUUGCCCCUGCUACCCUUUACAAAGCUCUUGUCAAAGACGCCGAUGACAUCGUCCCAAAGGCUGUAGACUCCUUCAAGAGUGUUGAGAUCGUUGAGGGCAACGGUGGCCCAGGAACCAUCAAGAAGAUCUCUUUCCUUGAGGAUGGAGAGACAAAGUUUGUGCUUCACAAGAUAGAAGGAAUAGAUGAGGCUAACUUGGGAUACAGCUACAGCAUAGUUGGAGGUGUUGCUUUGCCAGACACAGCAGAGAAGAUCACAUUGGACACCAAACUGAGUGAUGGCCCCAACGGAGGGUCUGUUGUGAAGCUGAGCAUAAAAUACCACAGCAAAGGAGAUGCUCCACCCAACGAAGAGGAGCUCAAAACUGGCAAAGCCAAGAGUGAUGCUCUUUUCAAAGUUAUUGAGGCUUACCUUGUGGCCAAUGCUUGA